GUAGGAGGGAAACGCAGAAGCAGUCAAGAUGGCGGCAGCGGCAGCUGCUCAGGGCGGGAGAGGUGGUGGCGGCGGAGGCAGUAGUGGGUCUGGCAGCGGCCCAGGCUGCGGGACAGGUAGUGGCCGCAGCGGCUUGUUGGAUAAGUGGAAGAUUGAUGAUAAGCCUGUAAAAAUUGACAAAUGGGAUGGAUCAGCUGUGAAAAAUUCUUUGGAUGAUUCUGCCAAAAAGGUACUUCUGGAAAAGUACAAGUAUGUGGAGAAUUUUGGUCUAAUUGAUGGUCGCCUCACCAUCUGUACCAUCUCCUGUUUCUUUGCCAUAGUGGCUUUGAUUUGGGAUUACAUGCACCCCUUCCCAGAGUCCAAGCCUGUUUUGGCUUUGUGUGUCAUAUCCUAUUUUGUGAUGAUGGGGAUCCUGACCAUUUAUACCUCAUACAAGGAGAAGAGCAUCUUUCUCGUGGCCCACCGGAAAGAUCCUACAGGAAUGGAUCCUGAUGAUAUUUGGCAACUGUCCUCCAGCCUCAAAAGGUUUGAUGACAAAUACACUCUGAAGCUGACCUUCAUCAGUGGGAGAACAAAGCAGCAGCGAGAAGCUGAGUUCACGAAGUCCAUUGCUAAGUUUUUUGACCACAGUGGGACACUGGUCAUGGAUGCCUAUGAGCCUGAAAUAUCUAAGCUCCAUGACAGUCUUGCCACAGAAAAGAAAAUAAAAUAGCCAAUUCUAAAAACAGCCAUCUUUUUGAAGGAACGUGCAGAAUCAAAGGUUGAGGGGGGAAGAAGCAGAGAAAAGUAAGAAAUGUUAAAUGUUCCUGUUUUGUCCUGAAGUUUAGUCCAUUCUGGAUAAGUAGAGUUUUCUAUCUGAGGUGUGAGAAAUUGUAGCUCUGAUAUCUAGCUGUAGCCCCCUUGGUAUAUUGAUUAUAUUCUUCUGAUUUGCUUUUCUGGAAAAACAUUUUUGCUAAAAACAGAACAGACUUUUCUCCUUCCUGUCUAGCAGUAUAGUAUAGCUUUGUUCCAUGCAGCAUAGAAGACUCAGUUUUUAAAAAUUGCUAAUCUCUUGCUUAUUUUAUUUUGUUAAUUCCUGUUUGAAUAGCUGUUUUCUUAAUUCAGGAUACAAUUUCUUGUGUACAUCUUCACACACCAUUUUUUUUGUGGUGUGCAUAUCCCUAAAUUGGGGUGAAUUGGGAAAAAAACAAAGCUUUUUUGUUUGUUUAAAAACAGACCUUCUGCCUGUUACAUUUUGUGUGCUCUUAUCCAGUUAAAGAAGCCAAUGACAGUUUUAGUUUUAUAUGGUUUGUUUUUCACUAGUAUAUCCCUGUUGAUUUGCUGA